AUGGACCAACACCAAGGCGAUCACAAUCCGGCCACUGGUUCUGCCCAGGUCAACUUUACCGACAUCAAACUGCCAAGCUUUUGGCACAACGACCCAGCCCUCUGGUUUGUCCUGGCCGAGGCCGAAUUCACCAAGCGACACAUCACCAGCCAGCACACGAAGUACUACGCCGCCCUUACUGCUUUGUCUGCCUCAGUCAUGGCGGAGGUCCGGGACAUCGUGACGAACCCUCCCUCCGACAACCCUUACGAUACUCUGAAGCAGCAAAUUAUCAAACACUUGUCCGAGUCCCAGCAACAACGUCUGCGGCAGCUGCUCACUACCGAGGAAUUAGGUGAUCGUAAGCCGACCCAAUUUCUGAGGCGGAUGUAUCAGCUACUCGGAGACAAGUCCUCAGCGCUAGACGAGUCGAUUUUGCGAGAACUGCUUCUCCAGCGACUUCCUCACACCGUCCAGAUGAUUCUCUCAGCCUCUCCCACUGUUCCCCUUCGCGGGUUGUCAGAGCUCGCGGACCGGAUUAUGGAAGCGACACCGCCUUUCGGAGCCUCCCACACGAUUGCUUGCGAUUUGCAGCCUUCCGCACAAGCGCCCUGCACAGCAGGAGCUGUGCAACCUGCUGCAACUACUGCAACCUGCUGUAAUUGCGACUCGCUCCGCGAAGAGGUUCGCCAGCUCUACUCCGCGCUGUCCCGCUUAUCCAUACCCAGCUCCGCCCCAGAUUCAGCCCCUUCCCAUCGGCUAGAAGACGAAAUCGCAGUACUCAAGACGCAGUUAGCGGCAAUCUCCGCUCGCCCCAGGUCUCCAAGUCCUCGACGUUCAUUCCGUCCGCGUUUCCGUUUCUCACCCAGCCGUCGUUUCUCGCCCAGGCGCACGCCACAUUUCCAGCUCUGCUGGUAUCAUGAGCGUUUCGGCAAAGCAGCGACUAAGUUCCUGGAACCCUGCAUCUUCCAAGAAAACACCAGCCCUGGCAACUAG